CGUGGCUGGGAGGAGCGUCGCCGCGGCAUGGCUGUUCCGGGGUCCGGGCUUGCGUUUGAACUGAAAAUUCCUUUUCCAUCGUCAACGUUGGCCAAGAUUGCCUUGGGUUCUCUGGCCCCAGAUCCUGAGCCUCGCAAAGGAGGGAUCAUCAAAGAACUGGAUGUGACAGACAACAUUUUACAUGUGCAGUGGAGAGCAGAGGAAGCUAGGAUCCUGCGUGUUUCCAUUAACUCCUUCUUGGAGCAUCUCUCCUUGGUGGUGGAAACUAUGGAUCUAUUUGGACCACCCGUAGCUUGAUAAACUGUUAUAUCAGAUCAAUAAAAUGGAUUUUGUUGGAUACUGGACUUGGCCACUCACGGCUGAUUUCAGAGGAGGCAUUGGACAGUCCUUUCUUGGAGCCAGGAUGGAAAACAAGAUGAGUACUUGUACUAUGGAGCUCAAGAACCUGAUAAACCAUUUUGCACCAAGAAGUAGGCAAGUUUAGAACUGCCUUGGCCUCCCCACCCCCAAAAAAACAACCUGAUGUUCUCCAGAUAUGUUAACACUUCAACUUCCACAAGCUACAAGCAGUCUGGCUAAGGUUCUUGAUUGGGAAGAUACAUUUUACUGAAAGUUAUGUUUAUAUGAUAUGUAUUUUUAUUAUAUUAUCCCAUUCAUCUUACACCCUGCAUGUGUUUACUAAUAAAAUAUUUUUGACUAUGGGAAAAAAACUGCUGGACAAAUGAUGUGGUCAUAACAAAAUCUUAAGAAAUAUGUUUUUGGGGGGCGGGCUCCUGAAUUAAAAGGU